AUGCUCCGGCUCAAGUCUUUGCUUCGAAUUCCUCCAGCGCGCCUGCCUCUCCGCUCCACUCACACCCGUGCCAACUUCUCACCAAAUGUUCGACACGUAAGGUUCAGGCGACCUUGGGUCAGAUCCUUCAUCUCCAAAUGUUUGCUCUACGGCACCGCAUUCCACCUAUGGAGCACCUUCGUAUUGGUACAAUUCGAUGAUGACGAGGACGAAGAGGAUACCCCCGCUCUAGCCAGCCCCGAACAAGCGGUGUCGCGUCAACCGCCCGAGGGCACCGAGACCACUGAAAAAGAAUCGAUCGACAAGGAUGCGCUAUUUAUACCACUUGCCUGGUCUCGGUUGCAGAAAGGAGAACUCUAUGCCACAUCAGAUCCCGAAUGGCAGGAAUUUGUGAGGUUGUCCAAGGAUCGGAAGAAACUCCAGGCUCUCAGAGAUGAACUCGCCAAUAUCGUCCUCACGAGUGCCGGUGAUCAGAUGUCACAAAUCCUCGGGGAUCCUCUUGCACUAACAGGAUUUUGGUUGGUUCAUCAAUUUCCAACCCGCGCUCCACCUGGAUACGUGCGAUCAGGACUGGAGAUAGCGGAUGGUAGCAUAUCUUGGGUCUCGAGGCCGAUGGACCCUGAGAUUGGGGACCGACUGCAAACGUUCAUGAAACCGAUGCACGUCGUCCUUGCGAUUCGAGAUGCAUACCUUGUCCUGCUGUCCAGACAAGUGGAUCGCUUCAGAAAUCCUGCGGGAGCAGAGAAUGCCCCGGGGCUCUCCACCCGUUCUAUUACGCCAGACGAGGGAAAAGGCUUCGAGGGCGAACAGGAGCAGUCGAAGUUACAACCAACUUCAACGGAUGGUUUCAAAGAAAACAUGCCCCCCAACACCGAAAAUUCCAAUUAUCACCCCUCAGCGCUGAUAUCCUUUUUACAACGGAUCCCGUUGCCCGACCUCGGCCCUGGUUCGGACUUACACCUGGCCUCGCAAGCGUUUAAGCUACGGCUCAACAACGAACGGGCCCGGGAUCCGGGAACUCCUCGUCGUGGAUCCUUCUUUAUCACAGGUCCAGUUGGCUUGAAGGGACCCAAUGGGUUCUGUCGCUUCGAGGUUCGUGGCGAGUUUGAUCCGGCGAAACGGGAAUGGCGAACGGUGGAAAUGGAGCUCAAAGAUCUGAAUAUGCGAAGACAGAGGGCAAUGGGCAAUUGA